AAGCUAGAUGGCGGUGUUGCUGUCAGCUCGCUCUGCAGAUCCACGGACUCCUCCCCAGCAGCUACAAGAAGGGAAAACAGAGAAUACAGUUUAGCUCCACCUCUUCCUCUGACUGUAAAGUGACAGUAAACUUCCCGAAAAUCAGCUGCCUUCACUCAGCCUGGUGACGGAUUCUUCUGCAGUGAAGAGACACUGUCCCAGCGUGUGUCAGCGUAUUCACCCGUCUGUCGUUCCAUCUCCGAGCCCGGUGUCAGCUGUUUAAAGUUAAAAGGGUUUUCACUCAGGAUCAUGCCACCAAAGAGAAGAGCUGCUGCUACUGCUGCCAAGGCAGGUGGAAAGAAGGCAAAAGCAGGAACACCAAAGCCCAAGGAUGCCUUCAGCACAGCAAAAGAGGCACUUCUGGCUGCUGGGUCGCAGGUAAAAGGCAAGAGGAAAGUUGACGGGCACUGCGACCUGGCAGACUGUGGAGAGGUCUAUGAAGACUAUGACUGCAUGCUCAACCAGACAAAUAUUGGACACAAUAACAAUAAGUUUUAUGUCAUCCAAGUUGUUGAAGAAGGAAGCAGCUACUAUACAUGGAACAGGUGGGGUAGAGUGGGGGAAGUUGGCCAAAGCAAACUCAACAGCUUCAAGGCGCCUUUGGAUGCUGUGAAGGACUUUGAGAAAAAAUUCAAAGAUAAAACAAAGAACAACUGGAGCGAUCGAUCUAAGUUUGUGUCUCACGCUGGGAAAUACACCCUGAUAGAAGUGGACGGAGAUGAGGAUGCUGAGGUUACAGUUGGGGUUGACAGUGUCGAUGGAAAGACUAAGACAGGCCCCAAAAAUGUCCUACCCAGCACACUGGAUGAUGCUACAGGGGGCCUUGUUAAGCUAAUUUUCAGCACUGACAUGUUCAAGGAGGCGAUGGAGUGUAUGAACUUAGACAUAAAGAAGAUGCCUCUGGGUAAGCUCAGUAAGGUGCAGAUUGCAAAGGGCUUUGAUGUGUUGGAAGAGAUCGAAGCAGCAAUGUCCCGAAAAGCCAAAAGUGGAAUUCUGGAAGAACUUUCCUCAAAGUUCUUCACCAUAAUCCCUCACAACUUUGGCCGCAACAGACCCCCAACCAUCAACGACAAAGAGAUUGUGGACAAAAAGAAAGAGAUGCUAAUGGUCCUUGCUGACAUCGAGUUAGCCCAGACUCUGAAGACAGAGACUGAAAAGGCUCAGGAAGUAAUGAUUGAGACAGUUCCUCACCCUGUGGACCAGGACUACAACUCUCUCAAAUGUGUACUCUCUCUGUUGGACAAGGAUACAGAAACAUUCAAGGUCAUAGAAAAAUACCUCAAGGUGACUUCAGAAAAUGGCUAUUACAAACCAAAAAUCCUCAAUGUCUGGGAAGUCAAUCGAGAGAAUGAGGGAGACAGAUUUCACGAACAUGAAGACCUGGGGAACCGCCGCCUGCUGUGGCACGGUACAAACAUAGCAGUAGUGGCAGCUAUUCUGAAGAGUGGUCUGAGAAUAAUGCCUCACUCAGGUGGCCGUGUUGGAAGGGGUAUCUAUUUUGCCUCUGAAAACAGCAAGUCUGCAGGUUACGUGGGCUGCUGUAAAACUACAGGGGUGAUGUUUCUGAGCGAGGUGGCCCUUGGCAAAGAACAUACCAUCACCAGAGACAACUCCUCUCUUAAAAAAGCUCCUGCUGGCUGUGACAGUGUGGUGGCACGAGGAUCAGUUGAACCAGAUCCAUCCAAAGACACCUUCAUCACCCUGGAGGGCAAAAGUAUUGCGGUGCCUCAGGGUAAGCCUAUAGAGCAGCCCCAGUUCUCAGACAGCCACUUCAGUAACAGUGAAUAUCUCAUCUAUAAAGAGAGCCAGUGUCGCCUUCGCUUCCUGCUGGAGCUCAAAAUGCACUAAUUCACCUGGAGGAAAGAAAGCGGGUCCUCAGAGAGAAAAAUGUCCCUAUUCCAUCUAUAUACUGUGCUUCCUUUAAAGCUUGGCUAUGCUCAUAAUAACAUGGUUGUUGUCUUUAUAAUAACAUUAUGCUGGUGUUUCUACCAUUGUGCAUUAAUAACUCAUACUUCUCUGUGCCUUAUAUUUUAAACUAUAAAACUGGGCUGCCACCUACAGACCACUGUCCUCAUAACACACACAACCACACAGAAAAACAAAAUGUUCCUUUCUUUCCAUAAGAAGUGUUUAUUUCUUAUAACUUGGUCUUGAUUUAAAAUUGUCUAAAAGGCUGCUAGAUAUUUGCACCUUCUUUUAACUUUACUUGCUGCACCUUGUGUUCUAUUUUGCAUCUAUGCUCUAGUUUGAGUAGAGCCUUUUGAUUAUUGCACUUUUUAAUUCAAGUGGUUAUGCUUAUACAAACAUGACCCUUAAAAGAAAAUAUAACGUGAAGAUUUAACUGCAAGUUUGUGCGUAAUAAUGCUGAAUUUUGGAGCAGAAAUGAAACAGAGACUCUAUGCAUAUAAAUGUUUACAGUAAGAGGAAUAAGUGAAAUUUGUGUUUGAUUUUGAGCACUGGUAAGAUAUGUUUUGAGCAACAAGAAAUCUCUGAGAAUGCUUCAGCACUGCAAAGAAUGUAUUAUGUCAGUCAUUCAUUGCCCCUGCAAUGACUUGCCCAGCAGAUCUACAUUUAGCUACAAUUAUAAAUGUCACCAUGUGGUGUCAGUAAUGAGCGACUUCCUUUAAAAUGUAUCAACCUCUGUUUUUUUUUUUUUUGCACUAAGAUACUACUUGAAUCAAUGAUUAGGAAAUAAAGUGCCCCUUCAACUUA